AUGCAGUUACCUGAAGUAAACGCUCAAGAAAGUCUCGAAUUUCUUUCAAAGCUCAUUCAAAUCAAGUCGCAUACAAAAUCUGCUUCUGAAACAAGUGCAGUUGAGUAUAUGACUAAAUCUAUGGAAAAAAUUGGAAUUGAAAGUAAGACAUUUUAUUUCACAGACAAAAAUGCUGAUGGCAUGGUGCGCUGUGACUCUGUUGGAGUGUGGAAGGGAACUGGGAAAAACCCAAACUCAAAAAAGCUCUUAUUCAACGGCCAUGUCGAUGUUAAUCCUGUGACGGAAGGUUGGACAGUUGAUCCUUAUGCAGGUACAUAUGACGAUGACUUUAUUUAUGGCAUUGGAGUUUCUAAUAUGAAAUCAGGUUGCUGUGCAUAUUACAUGGCUGUUAAAACGUUAAUAGACAAUGGUUGGAAAGUCAGUAAGGAUGUCACAUUAACCUACGUUGUCGGAGAGUUGCAAGGCGGGGUUGGAACUGUAGACUUGAUUGAAAGAGGAGUCAUCAACAAACACACGGCUGAUUAUUUUAUCAACUGUGAACCAACUGAUGUACAAGCCUUAAUCAUGCAUGCAGGCUCGACUAUUUUCAAAGUAGAUAUUACUGGAGACACCAGGCAUAUGUCAAAAAGAGAAGACGCCACAGAUGCUAUCCUAUGCUCGAUGGAUGCAAUCAAACGCUUGAACAAUUUGAAAUUUCAUGGCGCCAAAUCUGAUACACAUAGAAGCGUCAAUCGAUGUCACGUAGGUACUAUCAUAGGUGGCUUAGGACGCAGCUAUGAGAUGUGGAGAGCACCCCAGGUUGCAGACUUUGUCACCAUCACAGGAGCUGCAAGGUAUGCUCCGGGCCAGGAUACAUCGAUAGUUUAUGAGGAUUUGAACAAAGAGUUAGAGGAAACCAAGAAAGUAUUUCCCAGAAUGAAAUACGAAGUAAGCAGUAUAAAGGGAGACUUUAUGCCUCCAUUCGAAGUGGAUCCCAAUGCUAGUAUUGUAAAAUUGUUGAAUGAAUGCUACGUAAGUGUUCGCCCUGAAGAAACAAAACAGCCCACUGGUGCGUUAAGGCCACCCUGCUUCUAUGGAAGUGACGCUGGACAUCUCUAUGAGAAAUUGAACAUGGAAGGAGUCGUUUGUGGUCCUGGGGGUAAAUACAACACUAUGCCCGAUGAGAAAGUUGAUAUAAAGGAUUACUUGGAUUGCAUCAAAGUCUUUAUGAAUGUAAUAGUAAGAGGAUGUGGAGGCUACAAGGAUAUAGCCUAG